AUGACAACUGCUGCAGCUCUGACUACACCAACUGCUUAUCUUACGACCACCACGACUGCAGCACCAUCUUCAACAACUACAACUUUAGCUCCUACGACAACCACUUCAACAGCACCUACUACAACACCUGCAGUUCCUACAACUGUAUCUCCAGCUACCACUACACCUGAUGUACUUACUACAACAUUCAUAACUACAGCUCCUGUUACAACAACUGUAGCUUCUACGUCAAGCAUAGCAGCUGCCUCUACGAUAACCACUGCUGCUAUUACUACAAAACCUGCUGCUCCAAUAACCACUACAACUCCCGAAACUAAUACGACAGAAUCUACUCCUACGACUGCUUCGACUGCAGAACCUAUCACGACAGCCACUUUAGCUUCUACGACAAACUCUGCUGUUCUUACGACCGCAACGACUGCAGCACCUUCUACAACAACUACAACUUCAGCUCCGACGACAACCACAACAAAAGCACCUACUACAACACCUGCAGUUCCUACAACUGUAACUUCAGCGACCACUACAUCUGAUACAUUUACAAUAACAAUCACAACUGCAGCUCCUGCUACAACAACUGUAGCUUCUACGUCAACCACAGCAUCUGCCUCUACGAUAACCACUGCAACUCUAACUAAAACAACGGCUGCUCCAACGACCACUACCAUGACAGCCACUGCAGCUCUAACUAAAACAACUGCUGCUCCAACGACCACUACAACUCCUGAACCUAUUAUGACAACUGCUGCAGCUCCGACUACACCAACUGCUAUUCUUACGACCACCACGACUGCAGCACCAACUUCAACAACUACAACUUUAGCUCCCUCGUCAACCACAACAACUGCACCUACUACAAUACCUGCAGUUCCUACAAUUGUAGCUCCAGCUACCACUACACCUGCUGUACUUACUACAGCAAUCACAACUGCAGCUCCUGUUACAACAACUGUAGCUUCUACGUCAACCACAGCAUCUGCCUCUACGAUAACCACUGCAACUCUACCUAAAACAACGGCUGCUCCAACGACCACUACAUCUCCAGAACCUGCUCUGACAGAACCUACUCCUACUAAUGCUACGACUGCAGAACCUACCACGACAGCCACUGCAGCUCUAACUAAAACAACUGCUGAUCCAACGACCACUACAACUCCUGAACCUAUUAUGACAACUGCUGCAGCUCUGACUACACCAACUGCUAUUCUUACGACCACCACGACUGCAGCACCAACUUCAACAACUACAACUUUAGCUCCCUCAAUCUACUCCUACGACUGCUUCGACUGCAGAACCUAUCACGACAGCCACUUUAGCUUCUACGACAAACUCUGCUGUUCUUACGACCGCAACGACUGCAGCACCUUCUACAACAACUACAACUUCAGCUCCGACGACAACCACAACAAAAGCACCUACUACAACACCUGCAGUUCCUACAACUGUAACUUCAGCGACCACUACAUCUGA